AUGUUCAAGAAAAUCAACGCGGUUUUCCGGCCGAGCCGCGACCACAGCGCGCGGGAGGACUACCACAGCGCGUGCACGGUGAAGCUCGUGCGCAGCGCCUCCAUGCUCGCAGUGGGAGAGAGGAAUCGCGCGCACAGGGACUCGACGCUGAAGCGAAGCGCAAGCGCGAUCAGUGUUCAGUCCAGCACCGCGCUCUACUAUUACCACAGCCGCGAGGAGCGCGUGUGGUUCUACUCCCAAAACCAGGAAUGUCUAGAGUACCUGCAGGAGCUGGUCGCGCUCAGGAGACGUUACACCAAGAGCGUCAGUGACCUGAAACAAGGAGAACGGCGAGCGCAAACCUCGAGCAAGAAGAAGCAUGCACCCCAACCUCCACAGCAUAUAAAUCCUCAACCAUCUGCCCCACCAAUCCCCAGCGAAGAGGACACACUGCAGUUUUUUGAUGCUGUUAUUGCCAGCUGUGACUCAGAGCGCACAAGAAAACCACAUGUGGAUGAUGGCCAUGCAGAUGUAGACUUUAUUGUGGCGACCAGUACGAGUCAGCACGACCUCCAUUCUAACUGGGUGCUGCGAGACCCACGGCGGAUAGCCACAGACGAGUCUCGGCUGAAGAGGGCAGAGCUGGGGUCAGAUGAAAGUGCUUGGAGGAAGGCGGCAGGUGGGACCACAAGCAGUUUGAGACAGCUGCAGAGAAACCCCAUUCACCUACCCAAAGUGGUGGAGAGUGCCUUGCAGAGCCUGCGCUUCAAGCCCAAGCUUAAGAAGAAAGAUUAGCAUGUGGCAUUAAAUGCAAAUGACUGAUAAGCAUCCCAGUUGAUUCAUGAUGACAUACCUUUGUAAUGGAUAAGCCAUUCAGAUUUCAGUUCUAUUUCAGUCAAAAUAGUUCUGUAGUGGAAUGCAACACAGGUAUGCUAACUCUGCGACAGCUUGUCAAGUGAUUCAUCUUGACAGUUGGUCAGUAUAAGAAUUACAUGUAGUGACACUGAUGACCCUCACCAGGAAGCAGACUAAAAUGAAUGAAUGAAUGAAUGAAUGAAUGGAUGGAUGGAUAUAGUAAAAUCAGUGGCACUAUCCAAACAUGGAAAAAAAAAGAAUGUCCUGGCUGGGGAGGCUAGAAUAAUUAAGCAUACAAACAUACAAUUUGAGGAACAGCCUUCGAUGGUGUUCAGAGCUGCUGAGAGUGAGCGGAGUCGUGUGUUGUGAAAAAUGUAUGUGAGUGUGGUGAUGUAAUAUUGGGGUGGUGAAGCUGCCUCACUGACCAGCUUCAUCAAUAAUCCACAGCAGAUCAGAGUCUCUGUUUCAGGAGUUUUCAACAGCAGCAGGGCAAUUGACUAUAGACGGGGGAAAAAAACUCUGUUCAAAGAGUCACCCAGCCCGAGUAAUAAGACUCUCUCCUACUCAACAAACCUCAAUUAGAGAUUUGUCUAGGGGAGAUCAGAUUAAAUCAGUCGGCUGCUCAGGCACUGGUGUAUGUUGUAUAUAAUCCGUCAGGCCAUUUCUAAACUGCUUUGUGGCUGGAUAUGAAACCUGAAUGUCUAGCCUUCUUAUAACAUCCUCUGAUUGGAUGAACCUGUGUUAGUCUGGACACUUAACAAGUUAAAAGAGACAUUUGGAGAACAAAAAAAUUAUUAAAUUAUAAAAUACAGUGUAAAUGAAAUAUGCUUCAGGUUUUAAAGUGCCUUUGUUGUAUUCUAGGGCUGUUUUUAUAAGUAUAGAAGAAGCCUCAUCUUCUGCUAAAACAUGUUUAAACAAAUAGUUAUUAUUUAUUCCAACGUAAAUUGUGCCCCCAAAAAACUUUUUUUAUUUAGAAAUUAAAUGUAUAUAAUUGGUUUCCUGGUGCGAGAUAAGCUCACUUUUUUGUUGUUUUUAAAUAAAAGUCAAUAUGAGGAA